UGGGCUCUCCAGCUGAACUCUUCAUGUCCGACUUCUCUGACUAAGAGGACCUGAAGACUCUCUGUGGUGAGGAGGAUCAGCCAAGAAAUAAAGUGAGAGCCGGUACUGAAGCUUCAGUUUUCACCCUGCAGUCUUCUGAGUGGUGAGGAGUUUGUACGCACGAUGGCCGAAGCCGAGCUGUUUGGAUUACAGAACGAGAUCACCUGCUUUAUCUGUCAGGAGACCCUGAGUGACCCCGUCUCAAUCCUCUGUGGUCACAGUUUCUGUCUGAAGUGCCUCAAUGACUACUGGGAUCAAAGCCAUGAGUGCAGCUGUCCUGAGUGCAGAAGGACCUUCACAACGAGGCCUGAACUUCACAGAAACACCGUGCUGAAUGAACUCGUCAAGAAAAUAAAGAAGCCGAGACUCAGUCCUCAUCCAUCUCAGAAUUAUGCCAGCCCUGGAGACGUGGAGUGUGACGCCUGUACUGGGAUGAAGUUCAAAGCGGUGAAGUCCUGUCUGACCUGCAUGGCCUCCUACUGUCCGACUCACCUGCAGCCCCACUUUGAAAUAGCAGCCUGGAAGGACCACAAGCUGACUGAUCCAGAUGGACAUCUGAAGGUGGAGCUCUGUGUGAAACAUCACAAGAGGCUGGAAAUAUUUUGUAAAAAUGAGGAGACGUGUAUCUGCAUGAUGUGUGGAUUGACUGAACAUGAAGGCCACAAAAAGGUCGAGCUGGAGAUGGAAAAAGCAGAAAAACAGAAGGAACUGGAGGUGACAUGGAGUGAAAUCAGGAGGAGACUUGAGGAGAGAGAGAAGACCCUGAAGGAGACAAAGAAGGCAGAGGAGCAGAUGAAGAUCUCUGUGGAAAAUGAAUUGGAGAAAUACGAGAAGAGCUUCAUUGAUCUGAUUUGCAGUAUUGGAAAAACCCAGAAGAAAUUGAUUGAGAAGAUCAGAGAACAAGAAAAGACAGAAAUGGAGAAGAUUGAAGGAGGCAGAGAGGAACUGGAGAAGGAGAUCGAGGAGCUGAAGGGGAAAGAUGCUGAGUUGAGGGAGCUGUCAGAGACCAAGGACCACAAUCGCUUCCUACAGACUUUCCAGUCUCACGGUGUCCUUCCUGCGGAGGGAGACUCACUCAGCUUCACUGUCACUGAGAACUUCUCAUCUGAGGUCCUGAAAAAGAAGCUGUCCUGUGUGAAGAAGAGUCUGGAGAAGAUCAGCCAGUGGGACAUCGUGACAUGGACUCCAUCAGGUCGUGAAGCUUCAGUUUUCACCCUACAGCCUCCUGAACCUCGGAGCAGAGACGAGUUUUUACAAUACUUCUGUCCACUCACACUGGACAUCAACACAGCACACAGAGAUCUCCGUCUGUCUGAAGGGAACAAGAAGGUGACACAUGAUGAUUGGACAGUAACUGACUAUCCUGAUCAUCCUGACAGAUUUGACUGGAGUCUCCAAGUUCUGUGCAGAGAAGGUCUGACUGGGACUCGUUGUUACUGGGAGGUGGAGUGCAAUGAAUGCUGGGUAGACAUUGGAGUCGCAUAUAAAGGACUGAGAAGGAAAGGGUGGGACUUCGAGUGCAAGCUUGGAUACAAUGACAAGUCCUGGUGUUACCAGUAUUCUCAGGGUCAUUACUCUGAGUAUCACACUGACAGGAAGAUGGAAAUCAGCGCACCCCGCAGCUCCAGAAUAGGCGUGGGGUCCAUCAUUUCUGAAUGA